CCCGAAACACACACGCUCAGACGCCCGAAGAAACUUGAGCGUGUCGAUCGCGUCGCGUCGUCGUCGGUGCUGUUUUGUGAAGUGGAGUGUGUUUUGCUUACUUGUUGCUGUUGUGCCGUGUGCCGAAAAAAGCAAUCUACCAAGUGCAACCAACAAAAAAAAAAGCGAUUACAAUCAAUCAACUAUCUAAGGAGGCAGCUAGCAGAAGUCGAACUGUCCGGAAAAGCCGUCCAAGUUGAAGAACUUCCGAGCGAUGGAAGCGAAAGCGACAUCCAACGCGAGUCACCAGCAAGUCACGGCAAGAAAGAAACACUAGAGAGCAGGCCGUCUCGAGACUCUUGUGACACGUCACUGUUGUUGCGGUGGGUGUGUGUGUGUGCGUGAGUGUGAGUGUUGGUGGUACCGUUUCCGAUGGGGUCCGGUAGCGGCUAGGUAGUAACACCCUCCUACUACAGGUAGUGAGGAUCAUCUUACAGUACGGGUGACGAAGGGAAGAAGCGGCCGAUCUUCAUACCGUGGUGGUGACCCUGGUCUAUACGCACAUCGCAACAGGGAAACCUAACCCACCGUCCGGUCCGGCGAUCGCGGUCUUGGUGGUUUGGCCUUGUUCGCAUCCGGACCGACGGCGGUACGCAAGGCCACUUGCGACUUGCCACUUGCAAUUACAGACGCUACAACUGUCAACAUUAAGCGAACCUGUUUCACAAGCGAGCGAACAAAGCGGUUCUUCGGGCACAUUCCUACGCGAUGAGAUACGAAUAGAACCUGCACUCCUACCGGUAAGAGGAAGAAGAGAUUGAUCCUACAAAGGGAAUACCCGUACGCCUGCAGAUAUGCAACCCCGCGACCAAGUGGACCAAAUGUGCAUGGGAAACGAUCUAGCUGCAAAGUGGUUGACAGAAGGCAAGCCAAGGGUGGUGUUAAAAAAUUAUUGGCCCAAAACUCACGUCUCCGGUUCACAUUACUGGUUCUAGAGCAGAAAAAGAAAAAAAGAGGAAAAAACAAACAAACAAAACAUUCCACUGGCAUAACGGCGAGUGUGCGACCCACAGCAUCCAUGACGUCCCUGUACCCUAUGUGUUUCCGUGUGCUUGUGUAUGUGCGUACGUGACGAUAAAGUGUUGAAAUGGAAAGCAAGAAAGAUGGCGGCAGGCAGGCGGUAGCAGGCGCUGAAAUGUGAAAUCCAUCGUCGGCAGCAUCUCGGCCACUGAAAGUUUUUAAUGUCUUGCUGUUACGCGGCGAAAAGCAGGCAGGAAGAGAAAAUCGAGAAGAGAAGUCGUGUUGUGUGUCUGUGUGUGUGUGUGUGCGUGUAUGUGUGCGUAUGUGUAAAGGGAAACGCGCAAAAGGCCUGGAUGAUCAUCGUCAACUCCCCUCCCCCACGGACGCACGGUCACAAUCAACUGUCGUAAAACCGUCAAAAGCUAUUGGCCAUCUAUCAAACAUCUAACGCGACAACUUCGCGACACAACCUCACCUUGGAGAAUUCCAUUCCGUAGUUCCAAGCCAUAACAAAAACAUAUCGGCGUCUGGGCGAAGAGGAAUAUGCGGAAGCAAAAGCUGUGUUCACUUUGAGCACACAGACUCCAGAAGCAUAUUUUUGCAUGUGCCGUGUAAAAUGAUCGAAAUGAAAUAAGCAACAUCUCACCGCAUGCAUGCACAAAACCCGUGUGUCCGAAAGCAAUCAGCGUACAGCUACAACAGCGUACAACCAUUACACGACCGUAGGAAGGAAGUCGACACGACACGGGUCCAGCACGAUAAUGAUAUCAUUACCUUCCUCGGUAUCUUCGCCAUCUUCGGCGCUAUCCACAUCCGGCGGCGCUAGUGCACAUACGGCCCUGUUCAAUGUGGUGGAUGUGACCGGGCUGGGACCGGCACCGGUCCAUCCGGACAAAGCGCGCAGCACCAAUACGACCGGUGGCCAGGCAGCUGCGCGACCGGCACACGCGACGCUAACGACCGCGGGCGGCAGUAGCUUUCGGGCGGAGGCGGAUCCAAUGAUGAACGGUGCCAAUUUUGCGAACGGCCAGUGGCCGGUACGCCAUGCCAAGGGGCUGCUGAACGGGCCCGGACAGAACAAUUGUUUCCUCAACUGUGCGGUACAGGUGCUCUGGCAUCUAGACGCUUUCCGGCGAUCGUUUCGGCAGCUACAAACACAUGACUGCGGUGGUCCAGAUUGCAUCUUUUGUGCGCUAAAGGAAUUGUUUUCCCAGCUGCAAAGCAGCUCCGAGCCGGCCCUCUGUCCGGAACCGCUGCGGCGAGCGCUAGCGAGCGGACCACUAGCCGGGCGCCGAUUUCCACUCGGCUGUUUGGGCGAUGCGGCGGAAUGCUUCGAGCUGCUGCUGCACCGCGUCCAUCAGCAUCUUUCCCCGGUGGACAGUGAUAGCUGCGAGGCGGCACAAUGCGUCGCCCAUCAGCGGUUUGCGAUGCGGGUCGUGGAGCAGAGCGUGUGCGAGUGUGGUGCCAAUUCGGAGAAGCUUCCAUUUACGCAGAUGGUGCACUAUGUGUCUGCUUCGGCGCUAACAUCGCAAAACUCGCUGUCGAUACAGCAUCAGCAAAACAUCACGUUCGGCCAGCUGCUGCGAAACGCCGGCAACAUGGGUGACAUCCGCGACUGUCCGAGUGCGUGUGGCGCCAAGAUCGGUAUCCGGCGGGCACUGCUGAACCGGCCGGACGUUGUUUCGAUCGGAGUGGUGUGGGACUCGGAACGUCCACCGGCCGAUCAGGUGCACGCCGUGCUGAAGGCGAUCGGCACCACGCUCCGGCUGUGCGAUGUGUUCCAGCAGGUGUCCGACCACCGGUGGGCCCAAACCGUCCAUCACGAGCUGGUGGGCGUCGUGUCGUACUACGGCAAACACUACACCACCUUCUUCUUUCACACGAAGCUGCGCGUUUGGGUGUACUUUGACGAUGCGAACGUGAAGGAGGUUGGCCCAAGCUGGGAGGGCGUUGUGGAGAAGUGCUCCCGGGGACGAUAUCAACCGCUGCUGCUACUGUACGCUUUGCCCCAGCCACAGCAGCUGCAACAGCAACAGCAGCAGCAACUGCAACAACAGCAAGAGCUAACGACACUGGCCCAGCAUCGGAGGGCCGUUACACCGAGCCCGGAAAAGGCUUCGAUGGGUUCGAAUGUCCGGCGUGCCAUUACACCAACCCCGAACCGGGCACUUCCCAUCUGCGACUAUCAGAACCUGACCGUGAUACAGAGCAAGAUAUUCUCGACGGCUAAUGGCGGCACGGGAGGAGCUGGUGCCGGUGAGGACGCACAGGAGAAGGAACAUUACAUUAGCCGUAAAGCGGUACAGAACGUGCUGAACGCACAGUAUCAAAAUCUGUCCGUCAUACAGGAUAAAAUCUUCCCGUCCGGUCAUGAGCAACAGCAGCAGCAGCAGCAGCAACAGCAACAGCAGCAGCUGAGAGUCCUAGCGAACGGUACCAAUAAGCAGCAACAUCAUCCACAAAAUCUGAGCUACAACCGUAAUCUCGUGAACGGUGUUGAAGGUGGCGUGAGUAACUCCGUCGGCAUGCCUAACGUGUCACCAUCUUCGUCGAGCGGUACAGCAUCCUCACCGGACGGACUCUCGAUGCCGGAUCACCUUAACCAACCAAGACGCCGUGAUUCGGGCAAUUGGAGCGGAGAUCGCAACUCGGCCUCCUCAUCCUCCUCGACAACGCUGGACAAUCCGUAUCUGUAUCUCGUCGGCAAGCGGCAAGUCGGUGGCAGUGUGCCAGCAAGUCCUACCCGCGGUAACAACUCAACCAACGCAGGACUCGGCACGAUGGGUAGCGGUACCAACGGUGGACAGUUCUAUGAUGCCGGGUACGAUUCGUACUCACUGUCCUCAACGGAUUCCUUCCCUUCGAAGCAUCAGCCGAGCGGUACGGGUGGUUCUCUGCUGAUGGCAUCGUCCGGUUCGGCGUGCGGGAAUGGCACCAUGACAAAGAUACCGGAAUCCGUCGUCCUGUCGGGCGAUUGCGAGAAGCUAUGCAUGGAAGCCGAUCAACUGUUGGAAAAGUCCCGGCUGCUGGAAGACGCGCACGAUCUCGAGACGGCCCUCGUGCUGUGUCAUGCCGCUGCUAGCAAGGCACGUGCUGCAAUGGACGCACCGUACAGCAAUCCUCACACGAUGACGUUUGCACGCAUGAAGCACAACACCUGUGUGAUGCGUGCUCGCUCCCUGAACCGACGCAUCCUAAUCGAGAAGGGUGGCGAAAUGAUUAAAGAGCAGCAACAGCAGCAACAGCAGUUGCAACUACAGCAGCAAGCUCAGCUCCAUCUGCACCAUCAAACGAUGCAGCAGUACCAUGUGCUGACGAGCGGGGGUGCUUUACAGCAUCGACGGCAGAACAGCAAGGAGAAGAUGCUGACGGCCAGUGCAGCCGCACACCACGCGCUGUCGGGAUCGACGACGGCCGGCACGACGGCUGGUGCGGCCGGUACGGGUGGGGGCAGCGUGCUGCGUAACUCACCCUCGAAGAACAUCGAGAUCUAUGCCACACUGCCGAAAAAGAAGGUCACACUGAAGCUGAUCGAGGCGGAACACAUCGAGCCGGAACCGGCGAUCGAUCUGAAAGCGCCGACGGAGCGCGAAAGUCGUAGCCUGUUUUCACGCGUCUCCGGCGAUAAGGAUGGUAAGGAGGGUAAGGAGAAGCGUAGCCGAAGUGAGGAUCGCAACAAAGCGCUUGCUUCCAGUGCUUCGUACGCCGAUCCGGGACUCGUCAACGCGAAGGACACACUGCGCAAGCACAAGGAGGAGAAGGAUGCAAACGAUCGAAAGGAGAAGGAGGCAAAGUCGGGCAAGAAGCAGCACAAGAUUCGUCGGAAGCUGCUGAUGGGAGGGCUUAUACGGCGCAAAAAUCGCUCCAUGCCAGAUCUGACCGAGGCCGUUACUGGUGGGUCAGGCUCGGGUGGACCCGGUGGCGAGAAUGGGAACGGCGAUCCAUCCCUGCUGGAUAGUGGAAUUGGUGGUGGCGUUGGCGGCCCGCUCGGCACAUCACUGGACGAUAGUGCAGUCGGGCUGAGUGUCAGCGCGAAGGACAACCCCAACAGUGGGUACCUUUCCGAGGGUCACUUUGACUAUCAUCCCAUCUCCAACACGAACCCGAACCUCGAGCGUAGCAAGCUGAUGCGCAAGAGCUUCCACGGCAGUGGACGCUCGCUGUCUAUCCCGAAAGUGCCACCACCGCCACCGGUUCGGAUCGGAUCCGCACUGACGGCAGUGUCCAGUGCACCGUCCACCUCCCAACAGCAACAUCCCAACCAGCCAUCGAACGCCUACGCACCAUCAUCUGCUUCGUCUUCACCGUCGAUGCUUCAGAUGCAGAAGCUACCCCUGAACGGUGUUAAUCUGCGACAUCUCGAGUACGUGACGGAGGCCGCAGCAGCUGCCGCCAACAGUGGGCUACCGACCCAUCCGCCAACGACCGGCCUCAAACCGUUCCACGAAGCGAACGUUUCGAACCUUUCCACGAUGAGCUCCAACACGAGCAUGAGCGAGGACUCGUGCCAAACCAUCAUCACGACCUGUGCCGUCGUGCACCAGGAACAGUCGCCGGUGAAGGCGCAAGAUCUGCCGCCCCAUCCAUCGGCAACGGCUGCGGUCGGCAUGGAGGAGGUGGACUCGAUCGUACGAUACCAGCAGCACCAGCAGCAACAUCAGUCGCAAUCGUCGGCCGCACUGCUCGAGCUGCCACCGUAUCCAAGUCCUCCCUCCACUACGUGCCAUUCGCGGCAAGCAAGCGAGGACUUCCCGCCACCACCGCCUGCCAUUGAUUUUGAACCAUUGCACGAGCAGUUGAACGAGAUACAGAGCCUGCAGACCAAUGGUGGGCAGGGUAUGAAGCAGCCGUCGAUGCCUCACAGUCAAUCAGGCAUACAGAACACAACGAGCAUUUUGGCACAGCUGCAGGCAAAGCAGCUGCAACAACAGCAGCAGCACCAAAUGCAACUCCAACAACAACAGCAGCAGCAGCAGCAGCAGUAUCAGCAACACCUGCAGGAUCAGCAGCAUCAGAAUAGUGCGAGCAAUCCCAACAACCCAAUAAGCACUAGUGAAAUUCUGAACGAAACCACACGUUCGGAGAUCUGGCUGAAGGAGUUGCAGCUGAAGCAGCUUGCCUUGAAGCAACAGCAACAGUGUCGGGAAGCUGGCGCCCCUACCGUUCAGCAACAGCAAUAUCAACAGCAACCACAAGGACAAAAAAGCAACGUCCUCAGCACCGCCCCAUCGAAUGGUGCCGGUGAUCAGCGCAGUGUGCGUGAUCUUGCGUCACGAUUCGAGCAGUUUAAGCUAUCGGUGGGCUCGCAGCUUCAACAGCAACAACUUCAUCCACCAAACAUUCGCACCGGUAUGAGUGGGCUGCUGCUGGCCGAUCAGAAAGCUGCCCGCACUACACCACCUCCACCGCCACCACCACCAUCAGCCGCCAGUGAUGGAAUGAUGGGUGACGCGACUGGAGGUUCAGAGUUUGCCAACAGCAACAGCAAUGCUGGGGUCGAUGUUGUUGAUUGUCCACGCGAUGUUGGGGUCGUGUACCGGAUGCAACUCCCGAAACCACGCUAUGACAUUGCGCAGAGCCAGAUCCAGGAAGAGAUCCGUGAGGUGGAGAUGCUGAACCAAGUCGUCCAGCAAACGCUCAACAAUGGUACGGCUGGUGCUGCUGCAGCUAGCGGUAGUACCACCAGCAAGUCACAACUGCUGCAUUGCUCCGAUACACCGCAAGUGUCAUCGGGACGCACGAAGAAGAAGAGCGUAUCGUUCUGCGAUCAAGUCAUACUGGUGGCGACGGCGGAUGAGGACGAAGAUGAUGGAUUCAUACCUAACCCCAUUCUGGAACGCGUCCUGCGCACCGCUGGUGGAGGUAGUAAUCCAUCCGCUGCCAAUAGCUGCCCCGAAACAGACCCUUCUGCGGGUGUGAUGAUGUCUGGUGGGUCUGGUGAGGUUGGUGCGGCAUCACAAUCGCAACCACCCCAUCCACCGCUAUCUGCCACCAUGCAGGAACGGUUGCCAACGCUUUCGACCAGUAUUACGUACCACCCGAUAAAGGCAUCGUCGCCAACGCAACAGCUCAAGCAAUCACCGCUGCCACCGGCUUCUGCAGCAGGCCCGGUGUACUCGCUCGCAGCCGAUAUGCAUAAGCAGAACCUGGAAAUACAGCGACAGCUGCAGCAGCAACAGCAGCAGUACUACGGUGUUGCUGUUAACAAUGGACCUGAUCUGGAGGGUUACAAGCAGCAGCAGCAGCAGCAGCAGCAGCAGCAGCAACAGCAACAGUACAGCUCCAUACCAGCAAACGCGACCAUCUUCAAGACGCAUCAGUUCAACGCAACGAUGCCGACGAAGAGUUCCCCAUCGUUGUACGGUGUAGCACCCUCCAUGACACUGCAACUACACCAACAGCAGCAACAGCAGCAGCAACGUCUCUACGGCAGUGAUACGGGCAGUGAGCUUAGCUUCGAUGGUCGUACGUCCGGAUCGUCACCUUACAUGACCGUGCCCCACAUGCUCGACGGGGGGGUAGGUCAGCAACAGCAACCGCAACAUCACCAGGUCGUCGGAGGCUAUCAAACCGUGUCCGCCUCACCGACCACCAUCACCACCAACACGAGUCCCGCUUCCAACACGUUACUUCGCCAGAAUCUAGCCUCCUUGCUGCAACAUCAACAGCAAGCGAUGGGAGGCGGUGGCGUUGGUGGAGUGGCGGCACCUUCCACUAUGAGAUCCUCCGCACCCCAGAACGGUGGUAUCGGACUGUCCAAUGUGUACCAGAAGCCUCCGAAGCCUCUUAACGCGUAUCAGCCACAGCAGCAGCAACAACAGCAGCAGCUGCAUCCUGCACAACAACUCACGACCACGUACAACGGUAACGUGACGUCACCCUACACCCAACAUCAACAACAACCUCAGCAACAGCUAGGCACGUCCGUACCGGCAUCGUCCUCCCCCUACCAACGCGUACCAGUCCCGCUCGGGUACGACAGCAACAUGGCCGCUUCACUCUACCACGAACAAUCAACCUCGGUCGGGUUGAUGAACCAGCAGGCCCAACAUCUCGGCGGUGUCACGUCCCAAGCCACCGCACUCCAGCCGAAACCCGUCCAGAAGAAGGUGAGCUUCGAACCUGGCACCAAGGGUGGCAGUCCUGAGGUCGGCGGUGGUACCCAAUCAACCCUAUCACCAUCACCCUCGACCAACGGAUGUCUUCAACAGCAGGCCCAACCACCGCAGCAACAACCACUAGCGCAGCAACACUACCAACUACAGAUGGAGUCGCAGCAGCAGCAGCAGCAGCAGCAGCAAAAUGUCGUCGGCUUACCGACCCGCACCGUACCGACGUACAACGGGAGCGCCAUCAUCAAACCGUCCGGCAAAACCGUCCAGUGCAAUCUGUGCCGCAAGAAGUACUGCCUGCUGCCGGACAUCUACUGUGCCGACUGUGAGACGUACCUUGCCCGGUUCCAGAUGCCGGUACGGCGGUAGUAAUCCAGGUCGUGACGGCGACCCAUCCGUCUCUUUGUACAGUGUCGUGUAGUGUGUAAUAUUGGCGUUGGGUUGGGAGUUGUAGCGAAAGCAGGUCCAACUGGUUGUGAACUGGGAUGCCGUUGAUUGUGAUAUGGAGUAAGCAAUGGAAGGUGAAUGUUUGUAUUUAAAGAAAACAGGGAAAGGUAUUGAGUGUUGCCUUUCCCAAAAACAAAAAAGCUGCUGCUGUUUCCAGAAACGUACACGCAGCAGCAGUAGUCCACCAAGACCACAAGAGAUGCUAGAAGCAUACGAUUGUACAUGGCCGGCUUUAUAUGUCGUUUCGGAACAUUCCGCUUCCGAGCCGUUCCAGCAGCUCGGUCAGAGACCGGAGGGUUUAUGCGUUAUAGGGAUCUUUUAGAUAUAAUUGGAUUAAAUCAGAAAAGACUAUGAAACAUAAGGAUCAAACUGGACGGAAAGAGAAGAUAGGAAACAAUUUCGAGGAUCGAUUUUCUUAUCUUCGCUUUUCCAAUUUUUUGUUUUCUUCUCAAACUGACCACCACAUGUAACACAGCUGUCGAAUAUAGGAAAGCAAUUACUAAUAUGGCGGCGCUAGUAUAGUACUUAACCCAAACAGAGGUUAGCAAUUUCCUCUUUAUCCCUCCAUAAAAUGCUAGUAUUAGGAUGCAGCGAGAGAGAAGGAGAGAGAGAGUAUAUAUGAUAGACCUACUUAGUUUUGUUUUUUAAUUAAUUCGAUAAAGCGAACGGAGUCGAUCGAUGCGUGCGAGAGCGUCAUCUGCUCGAACAGUGCUCGAAAAGUGCUCGAGCACACAGGUAAAGCAAGAAGAAAGGAUCGAAAGUCGCCGCGCUGGAUCGGUUGGUGCCAUCGUUUCGUCCGCCUGCUUACAAGCUGAGCUGGCGCUGACAACACACACACACAAACACGCACACACACAGUGUCAGAGGAGAUUCUGUACGACUGUGGCUAAAUCACCGGCGUCGUGUUUUUUUUUUCCUCUUCGCGUACUUAUCGUCGAAACCGAUUCAGCCGCGAUAAAGUUUAGCUGCUAGUGUUUGUAAAAGAUAGGAACGCUUUUUUGUUUUUAAAUCAAAUUUUAGGGUUUUUACCAUUUAACUGACGCAAGCUAUAGCUCGCCGGCAGAACCUAUUGAUAAAACAGAGCCUUUUAACAUGAACGUCUCCUCCGGACCAUUACCCCACCAAGCCACAUUGGGUUCGGUCGGGGGAGCGUUAUGUAAAUGAUAAGAUCGAAUUAAUUUUUUUUAAUACCCUUUCCCGUUUUGUUCCAGGACUUCUUUUUCAACCAUAAACCCACCCACCCCACCCCUCCCCUCAUCCGUUUUGUCAUCGUAUUUCCAAUCCAACAUUCCAAUUUUAGGCUACUAAAUAUCGUUGUACGUAACUGUAUUGAACAAUAAUUUCAACACUUCUUUUUCCAGCAAAGAAGGCGAGCUCUCGUGGCUCCAAUUUUUAAUAAGCACAGCACUUGUGGGCCAGCAAACCCCGUGCGCAAGAUUUAUAACGUUUCAACCGAAAACAAUCCAAUACCUGGUAAUGAUGAAGAGUAUAACAAAAUAAUAAUAAAAUAUUACCUUUUAUCUAUUUACAGAAAAACCAAAA